UUGAAACUUUUCCCAAUCCCUAAAAGGGACUUUACUUCUUUUUUCCGGGCUCGGCGGCAGGGCAGCCCGUCUGGACCCCGGCUCGCUGACCCCCAGGGCUACCGGUUUGCCGGGAGGCUCCGAGAGCCGCCGUACUCCUCCUGGCACCGACCAAGGGGCCAGCCUCGGUCCGCUGCGCGCGCGGCGUCCCCGCUGGGUCCCCAGCCGCCCGCCGGAGCUGCCACCCGCCGGGUCCCGAGAGCCAGCGAGCGAGCGAGGGAGCCAGCGAGCAGGGGCCGGCGCUGAGCUCGCCCGGGUCGCGCCCUCCAGGAUGCUGAUCCCUCCGGUCCGCUGAAGCGAGCGCGCCCCUUCUCCGUCCGAAGGCGGGAGCCAAGCGCCGGCGCCUCCUCCAACCUCGUCCCCGAGGCUUCCAAGCACCCGGGGCUCCCCCCGCCCGGCCGGCUCCCUCCCUCUCUCGCUCUCUCACUCCCGCUCGCUCUCUCGCUCUCGCAGGUCCUUCCUCGCGGUCCGUGCGCUCAGCACAGGCGGCGGCGAGCCUGUCUCGGACGCAGCAUGCAGGCGCGCUACUCCGUGUCCGACCCCAACGCGCUGGGAGUGGUGCCCUACUUGAGCGAGCAGAAUUACUACCGGGCGGCGGCGGCGGCGGGCGGCUACGGCGGCAUGGCCAGCCCCAUGGGCGUCUACUCGGGCCACCCGGAGCAGUACGGCGGCGCGGGCAUGGGCCGCUCCUAUGCGCCCUACCACCCCCACCACCACCACCAGCCCGCGGCGCCCAAGGACCUGGUGAAGCCGCCCUACAGCUACAUCGCGCUCAUCACCAUGGCGAUCCAGAACGCGCCCGAGAAGAAGAUCACCCUGAACGGCAUCUACCAGUUCAUCAUGGACCGCUUCCCCUUCUACCGGGAGAACAAGCAGGGCUGGCAGAACAGCAUCCGCCACAACCUGUCGCUCAACGAGUGCUUCGUCAAGGUGCCCCGCGACGACAAGAAGCCCGGCAAGGGCAGCUACUGGACCCUGGACCCAGACUCCUACAACAUGUUCGAGAAUGGCAGCUUCCUGCGGCGCCGGCGGCGCUUCAAGAAGAAGGACGUGCCCAAGGAGAAGGAGGAGCGGGCCCACCUCAAGGAGCCGCCCCCGACGGCGGCGGCGGCCAAGGGCGCCCCGGCCGGCCCCCCGGGGCUGGCGGACGCCCCCAAGGAGGCCGAGAAGAAGGUGGUGGUGGUGAUCAAGAGCGAGGCGGCGUCGCCCGCCCUGCCGGUCAUCACCAAGGUGGAGACCCUGAGCCCCGAGAGCGCGCUGCAGGGCAGCCCGCGCAGCGCGGCCUCCACGCCCGCCGGCUCCCCCGACGACGGCUCGCUGCCCGAGCACCACGCGGGCGCGCAGCCGCCCAACGGGCUGCCGGGCUUCAGCGUGGAGAACAUCAUGACGCUGCGAACGUCGCCGCCGGGCGGCGAGCUGAGCCCGGCUGCGGCGGGGCGCGCGGGCCUGGUGGUGCCGCCGCUGGCGCUGCCCUACGCGGCCGCCGCGCCGCCCGCUGCCUACGGGCAGCCGUGCGCGCAGGGCCUGGAAGCGGGCGCGGCCGGCGGCUACCAGUGCAGCAUGCGCGCCAUGAGCCUGUACACGGGCGCCGAGCGGCCCGCGCACAUGUGCGUGCCGCCCGCGUUGGACGAGGCCCUCUCGGACCACCCGGGCGGCCCCACGUCGCCCCUGAGUGCCCUCAACCUCGCCGCUGCGGGCCAGGAGGGCGCGCUGGCCGCCGCGGGCCACCACCACCCGCACCACGGCCACCACCACCCGCAGGCGCCGCCGCCCCCGCCGGCCCCCCAGCCGCCCCAGUCGGCGCCGCCGCAACCCGCAGCCGCCGCGGUGCAGGCGGCCUCCUGGUAUCUCAACCACAGCGGGGACCUGAACCACCUUCCCGGCCACACGUUCGCGGCCCAGCAGCAGACUUUCCCCAACGUCCGGGAGAUGUUCAACUCCCACCGGCUGGGGAUCGAGAACUCCAGUCUCGGGGAACCCCAGGUGAGCGGGAACGCCAGCUGUCAGCUGCCCUACAGAUCCACGCCAUCCCUGUACCGCCACGCCGCCCCCUACUCCUACGACUGCACCAAAUACUGACCCUCUCGGACAGUCCUGGCUUCGCCUCGCAGACCUGACCCUCUCGAACAGUCCAGCCUUGCAGAGACGCAGAAAAGAACCCAAACGCGACCGCCAGCUUUUUUUCUCAGACCCGGGAGCAGAGCGGGAAGCUGCAGGUAACUUACAUUCGCCGCCCCGUUUCUGAGGUUCUUGCGAAGCGCCCUCCCCGGUGAAGGGACAUAGCCCAACGAAAUGAAUAUUAAAAUCCCCCUCCCCUACCAGGAUGGCUGUGCUCUUGGCUCCACUGGGGGAGGUUUCCAAAAUUAAAUUAUGGACCAAAUCCCAUAGCGACCCAGUAAAUGACUCUCUGUAGAGACUUCCAUAGGCUUAUGGGGAUCUCUAUAGAUUUGUGUAUGUGCUGUGUGUAAUUUUAAAUUUCUCUAACUGUGCUGUACAAACGUGUGGAUUUGUAAUCAGGCUAUUUUUGUUGUUGUUGUUGUUGUUGUUGUUGUUCAGAGCCAUUAAUAUAAUAUUUAAAGUUGAGUUCACUGGAUAAUUUUCAUCUUGCCCAGCCAUUCUAACUGCCAAGUCGAAAAUUCAUAAAACCUUAUGUGGGGUUUCCCCCUUGGACAAUUACCAGAUAUAAUUCUUUCCCCAGUUGUAGAUCUUUUGCAAAACAAGAACAUAAUUUAUUUUUUUGUUGCUGUUGGCCUAAAAAAGAAGUCAAGUAUCUGAUACUUUUUAUUUACAAAGUGUGAUGGUUUUGUAUAGUAGAUUUCUCCUUGAGCAUUCCUAAAAGAAAAGAAAAAAAAAACCUUAAAAAAUUUAACGUCACCUGUGUCUGUCUUACAUGGUCUUCAUUGUUGUACGUACCUUAAAAUAAACCCAUGUUGUUUUUCUGCCCCCAA